GGGCUUGACUUGCUUCACCAAAGCAAGUUGUACACGCACACGCACGUCCACACUCCCACCCCGAGUCAAACAUUUGGCGUUUUGGCGCCAAAUCCAGGCGCACGCGGCCUGGUUAAGUUAGGCAGCCACCUUCUCCCCCGCGCGCCUCGUCUGCAGCUCCAGCUGCUUCCUCCAAGCUCUCCCGCUCCCCAUAAAACCACGGCAUUGUAGCAGACGUAGCUAUCAGAUGCUCGCCGGUGCACUGUGCACGUCCACCUCAUCCUCGCGGCCACCACCCACGUCCUGUCGGCCCCAAUGGCCAAGUUGCUCGCCAUCCCAAUCAUCGUCAUCCUCCAUGUCGCCCUCAUCGUGCCGAUCGCUGUCCCCGCCGCCGCCGCCGCCAUGCCACAGGCACCAGGAGCAGCAGCGCCAGUACUGGCCGACGACCGGUCCGCGCUCCUCGAUUUCCUCUCCGGCGUCUCGGCCGACCCCGGCGUCGCCCUCGCCGACUGGGGCCGCUCGCCGCGGUUCUGCAACUGGACUGGCGUCGCGUGUGACCACAGGCGGCGCGUCACCCAGCUGGUUCUCAGCGGCCGCGGGAUCCGCGGCGUGCUCUCGCCGGCGCUGGGGCGGCUGUCCUUCAUCUCGGUUCUUGAUUUGUCCAGCAACGCGUUCGCGGGUGGGAUCCCGGAGGAGAUUGCCGCGCUGUCGAGGCUGACGCAGCUGAGCCUGACGAACAACCUGCUCGAGGGCGCGAUCCCCGCCGGCAUCGGGCUCCUCCGGGAGCUCUACUACCUCGACCUCAGCGGCAACCGGCUCUCCGGCGGCAUCCCGGACACGCUCUUCUGUAACUGCUCUGCGCUGCAGUACAUGGACCUCGCCAACAACUCCCUUGCCGGGGACAUCCCGUACUCCGGCGAAUGCCGCCUCCCCAGCCUCCGUUACCUCCUCCUCUGGUCCAAUGAACUCUCUGGCCCGAUCCCGACGGCGCUGUCCAACUCCGCCAUUCUCGAGUGGGUCGACUUCGAGUCCAACUACCUGGCCGGCGAGCUGCCACCGCAGGUGUUCGACAGGUUGCCGCGGCUCCAGUACCUCUACCUCUCCUACAACAACCUCUCCAGCCACGACGGGAACACCAACCUCGACCCUUUCUUCCACUCCCUCAGCAACUGCACUCGCCUCCAGGAGCUCGAGCUCGCCGGGAACGGCCUCGGGGGCAGGUUGCCGUCGUUCAUCGGCGAGCUCUCGCGCAGCUUCCGGCAGAUCCACCUCGAGGACAACGCCAUCUCGGGAUCCAUCCCGCCCAACAUCUCCGGCCUCGUCAACCUCACGUACCUCAACCUCUCCAAUAACCUCAUCAACGGCUCCAUCCCGCCGGACUUAUCGCGCAUGCGGCGGCUCGAGCAGCUGUACCUCUCCAACAACCUCCUCUCCGGCGAGAUCCCCCAGUCCAUCGGUGAGCUCCCGCACCUCGGCCUCCUCGACCUCUCCGGCAACCGCCUCGCCGGCGCCAUCCCAGACACGUUCUCCAACCUCACGCAGCUCAGGAGGCUGAUGCUGCACCACAACCGACUUGCCGGUGCCAUUCCGCCGAGCCUCGGCGACUGCGACAACCUCGAAAUCCUCGACCUCUCCUACAAUGGCCUCCAGGGCGAGAUCCCAGCGCACGUCGCCGCCAUGAGCAACCUCAAGCUGUACCUGAACCUCUCCAACAACCACCUGGAGGGCUCUCUCCCUCUCGGGCUCAGCAAGAUGGACAUGAUCCUCGCGCUCGACCUGUCGUCCAACGAGCUCGCCGGCACGAUCCCGUCGCAGCUCGGCGGCUGCGUCGCGCUCGAGUACCUCAACGUCUCCGGCAACGCGCUGCGGGGCGCGCUCCCGGAGGCCAUCGCGGCGCUGCCGUUCCUGGAGGCCAUCGACGUGUCGCGGAACGAGCUCUCGGGUGCCCUGCCAGAGACCCUGCAGGUGUCCACGUCGCUCCAGGAAGCGGACUUCUCGUACAACAACUUCUCCGGCGUGGUGCCCCACGCCGGCGUGCUAGCGAAUCUGUCCGCGGCGGCGUUCCGAGGCAACCCCGGCCUCUGCGUUGCCGGGCAUAUCCCCGGCAUUGCGACGUGCGGCGCGAGACGUGCCGAUCACCGGCGAGCGGUGGUCCCCGCCGCGUUCGGCAUCGUCGCGGCCGUGUGCAUGAUGCUCUUCGCGGCCGGGUGCCGGUCGAUGGCGACGGCGAGAUCAAGGCGGCGCUCGACGUGGCGCGUGGACAUCGAGCAGCAGGCGGCGGAGAGGGAGCACCCGAGGAUAUCCUACAGGGAGCUCUCCGAUGCCACGGGUGGCUUCGCAGAGUCUCGCCUGAUCGGCGCCGGGCGGUUCGGGCGAGUCUACGAGGGGACGCUCCGCGGCGGCGCGCGCGUGGCCGUGAAGGUGCUCGCGGACCCGAAGGGCGGCGGCGAGGUGUCCGUCAGCUUCAAGCGCGAGUGCGAGGCGCUCCGGCGGACGCGGCACAAGAACCUCAUCCGGGUGAUCACCACCUGCAGCACGGCCAGCUUCAAUGCGCUGGUGCUGCCGCUGAUGCCGCACGGCAGCCUCGAGGCGCACCUCUACCCGCACGACGACGACGGCGGCGGCGGCAGCAGCAGCAGACUAGGUUUCGGGCAGCUGGUGAGCAUCGCGAGCGACGUGGCCGAGGGGAUGGCCUACCUGCACCACUACGCGCCGGUGAGGGUCGUGCACUGCGACCUCAAGCCGAGCAACGUCCUCCUCGACGACGGGAUGCGCGCCGUGAUCUCCGACUUCGGCAUCGCGCGGCUCGUCGCCGGCGCCGAGGCAAGCAGCAGCUCGAGCGACGACUCCGCCGCUCCGUGCAACUCCAUCGCCACCGGACUGUUGCAGGGUUCAGUUGGCUACAUCGCACCUGAGUACGGAUUAGGAGGCCACCCGUCGGCGCGGGGCGACGUGUACAGCUUCGGCGUGCUGAUCCUGGAGCUACUCACCGGGAAGCGGCCGACGGACGUGAUCUUCGACGAGGGGCUAACGCUGCACGACUGGGUCAGGCGGCACUACCCGCACGACGUCGCCGGCGCCGUCGCCCACGCGCCGUGGCGGCGGGACGGCACGGUGGCCGAUAUGGCGGUCGUGGAGUUGAUGGAGCUCGGGCUGGCGUGCACGCAGCACUCGCCGGCGCUGCGGCCCACCAUGGCGGACGUCUGCCACGAGAUCACCAUGAUCAAGGACGGACUGGCCAAGCACGCCGGCGCCGACGACGGUGACCGGUCGUUCUCCACGAUCAAGGACUCGCUCUUCUCCAACUCAAGUUAAUCAACACCCAGAAACCAAUUGAGAUGACAAGAAUUAGAGCAUCUCCAACAGGUGUUGUAGAUCCUAAAACCCUCCUCCAAAUGUACACGCAAUAUUUUUUACAUCUUCAUCUUCAGAUGUAAAAUACAACACCCCUUGAAGAUGUAAAAUGGCCGGUCGCACAUCAACCGUUUUCAUUUUUGUCCCGCCAGCCUUCGCCGCCGGCGAUUUUUGGCUGGUAACAUUGCCGCCACCGCCCGUCCGUCCAUCCCUGACCCCGCUGCGACCCCGCCGGCCAUCCCCGCCGCAUCGCCGUUGCCGACCGC